AUGUAUGAUGCAUUUAAAAUAUCUGUUGCAUUAGACAAAUUAAAUAUUAAAAUAGAGUCACUUUAUGCUUACGAUCAAAAGUUGUUUAUCGGGACUUCUACGGGUUCAUUAUUUGUAUAUGAAGUCAAGGAAUCUUUAGACGAAGAAAAACCUUUAUCUGUCAAUUUAAUUGAAACUCGCAAAAACUUUUCAAAAAGAUCAAUUGAACAGUUAAAUGUGAUAAAAGAGAUUGAUGUAUUGGUUGCACUUUCAGCUAAAACACGUGGUGCUAAUUUAUUUGCAAUCGAUACUAUUGAAGUAAGUCCGGAUGAUGAUGAUAAUGGAAUUCCAACAAUAGUGACUCGUCUUUCCGUUGCUGAAAUAUCAAUACCUGAUAGAAUACGGACAAUGGUUUCGGUCAGUUCUACAACAUUUUGUCUUGGUUUAGCUAAUGAAUAUGCUUUGUUGGAUAUUAGUUCUGGUGUUUUGAGGGAGCUUUUUUCCCCAUCAAGUACACCUAUUAAUGCUGGUUUCAGUUAUAUGGUAGUAUCAUUCAGCGCAAAAGUUAGUAAACCAUUAAUAACAAAAUUACCAAACGAUGAAAUUCUUUUGGCUAAAGACAAUGUAAGUAUUUUUGUUGGUCUUGAUGGUACACCUACUCGUAAGGUUGGAAUUGAUUGGUCAGGGACACCAGAAGAAAUAGGAUAUUCUUAUCCUUAUCUUGUAGCAAUACUUCCAAAACACGUUGAAAUCAGGAACAUAGUUACUCAAUCAUUAGUACAAACAAUAGAAUUGCCACAACCACGACUUAUUAAUCAAGGAGAAUCUUUAUGUAUUGCUAAUAAUAAUACUGUUUGGAGAUUUAUUCCUAUAAAUUUUGAAAAUCAAAUUGAUCAAUUAGUUGAAAAGCAUGAAUAUCAAGAGGCAAUAAGUUUGACUGAGCAAAUCGAACCUCUUCAUCUUGAAAAUAAGGAUGCAAAACUUUAUCAAAUACGUGAUCUUUAUGCACAUCAUCUUUUUCAACUCAAGAAUUUUGAUGCUGCAAUGACUAUUUUUCAAGAUUUGGAAACUAAUCCUGCAGAAGUUAUUGCUUUAGGAUGA